AUGGAGCAUAAGGGGGCUGCAACUUCUGACUCUCUUCUAGAGCCUCUGCCCAAACCUACCAUCUGGGCGGUGCCGAGCACUGUCGUCACUGCAGGGAGGCCCGUGAGCAUCUGGUGUCACGGGUCUUGGAAGGCGGAGCGGUACCACCUGCACCAGAAGUGGGCCCCAGGGUCCUGGAGAAGUGCGUUCCCACAGGGACCCAGAGACAAGGCCGAGUUCCCCAUCCCACUCAUGACCCAAGGCCUCGCAGGGAGGUACUACUGCACAUAUGAGAGCCGAAGAGCCUCGUCCGCUCCCAGCGAGCCUCUGGACCUGGUGGUCACAGGAAUGUUUGACCCACCCACCCUCUCCGCCUUGCCAAGACCCGUCGUGACCUCCGGAGGGAGCGUGACCCUGCAGUGUGGCUCAUGGCAGGGGUUUGACUGGUUUUAUCUGUGUGGCGAAGGAUGGCAUGACCACUACCAACGUCUGGACUCACAGCGCCGAGAAGACGGGUGGUUCCAGGCCCUCUUUACCGUGGGCCCCAUGAGACCAACUCACUGGUGGACAUACAGGUGCUACGGCGUCUUCUCAGGUUCUCCUCAGGUGUGGUCUUCCUCGAGCGGCCUCGUGGAGCUUCUGAUCUCGGGUGAUUCUAGGAAACCAUCCCUCUCAGUCCUGCCAGGCCCCGUGGUGGCCCCUGGAGACACCCUGACCCUACGAUGUCAAUCUGAUGUCAACUAUGACAGAUUCGCUCUCUUCAAAAUGGGGGAGCAUGACCUCCACCAGCAACGUGGCCGGCAGCCCCAGGCUGGGCUCUCUCAGGCGAACUUCUCCCUGGGCCCCGUGAGUGGCUCCCACAGGGGCCGGUACAUAUGCUACGGUGGAUACAACCUCUCCUCUGAGUGGUCAACCCCCAGUGACCCCGUGGACAUCCAGGUGACAGGAACCCCUGGACACCCACCUCUCAUCCAUGGACCCAGGACCUUCAUCAAAGGAUGA